CCCAUAAAACAAAUGGUCUUAAAAGUCAAAAUUUCAACCAACAAUAAAUCAGACUCAAAUUUCCUGCACAAAUCUUAACAUUCUACAAAUUUUACAAAACAAAACAUGACUUCAUCACCACAAACCAUAACUAAUGAACCACAAUAUUCCUACUUUAGAUGGACAAAACAAGAUUUUUUUCCAGAACAAUCAUUCAAAAACUGGGGUACUUACAAGCAUGCCUUGUCACAUACUUACUCUCGUUUCAAGGACCGCCUUCUAACUCGAUCUGAAGAUGCCGAGGAGAUCGAAACACUUAGAAAACAAAGCGAAAACGAUAUGAAACGAUGCUUAAACUGGUGGGACUUAAUGUGGUUUGGUUUUGGUGCUGUCAUUGGUGCAGGCAUAUUUAUUCUUACUGGCCAAGAAGCCAACAAGAACGCCGGGCCAGCUAUCGUUUUGUCUUACGUAGCAUCCGGUUUUUCAGCUAUGCUUUCGGUUUUUUGUUACACAGAAUUCGCUAUAGAAAUACCCGUGGCGGGUGGCUCUUUUGCAUACCUUAGAGUAGAGCUAGGAGACUUUGCAGCUUUUAUUACUGCUGGAAAUAUUCUGCUAGAGUGCAUCUUGGGUGGGGCGGCUGUUGGGCGAUCAUGGACGUCAUAUUUUACUAGUCUUUUGAACCGUGAAACGAAUUCUUUGAGAAUUCAUACGAAUCUUGCUGAAGGGUAUAAUCUUUUAGACCCUAUUGCAGUUGUUGUACUUGCAAUUGCGGCUACAAUUGCUAUGAGUAGUACACGAAACACCUCGUAUGUUAACUGGAUUGCAUCCGCGGUCAACACCCUAGUGAUUUUAUUUGUAAUCAUCGCUGGGUUUUUGCACGCGGACGUUUCUAAUAUGAAGCCCUUUGCACCUUAUGGCGUUGAGGGUGUGUUUCGGGCUGCAGCAAUUGUUUAUUUUGCUUAUGGAGGGUUCGAUGCAAUUGCAACUAUGGCAGAGGAAACUAAAAACCCUGCUCGAGAUAUACCUUUGGGUUUACUUGGGUCUAUGUCGAUAAUUACAAUAAUUUAUUGUUUGAUGGCACUUUCGUUAAGUAUGAUGCAAAAGUACACAGAUAUUGACCAGAAUGCACCCUAUCCGGUUGCAUUCGAGAGCGUAGGGUUGAAAUGGGCCAAGUAUCUAGUGGCUUUAGGUGCACUUAAGGGUAUGACCACGGUUCUAUUGGUUGGUGCCCUUGGACAAGCUCGAUAUAUAACUCAUAUCGCACGAGCCCAUAUGAUACCUCCAUGGUUCGCUUUGGUCCAUCCAAAGACCCAAACUCCAAUAAACGCUACUUUGUUAGUGACGAUUUCUAGUGCUUGUAUAGCAUUUUUUUCGAGUUUGGACAUUUUGGCUUCUUUACUAUCUGUGAGCACGCUCUUUGUUUUCAUGAUGAUGGCGGUUGCACUUCUCGUUCGGAGGUAUUAUGCAAAAGGGGUUACUCCAAGACCGAAUCUACUCAAACUAGUCGGGUUUUUGUCAAUAAUCAUCGUGUCAUCAAUUGGGAUUUCGGCUUGUUGGGGGUUAAAAUCAGGUUGGGUGGGUUAUGCUGUGACGGUUCCUUUAUGGUUUUUAGGAACACUUGGGAUUUCGUUGUUGUUGCCACAACAGCGAACCCCAAAAGUGUGGGGAGUGCCCCUAGUUCCAUGGCUCCCCUCACUUUCGAUAGCAACAAAUUUGUUUCUAAUGGGGUCAUUGGGGUACAUUGCUUUUAUUCGCUUCGGAAUUUGUACUGGAAUUAUGUUGUUGUACUAUGUGUUGUUUGGUCUCCAUGCCACUUACGAUAUGGCACAUCAGGAACCCGAGCUUAAACCAGAUGGUAUAAAGGAAGACAAUGACGGAAAAGCGUUGGCUUAGCCCAUUAGUAUGCAAUACAAAUAAUGCUUAAGUUUUUUAGUGAUUUGAUAUCCUUGUAUUGUAUAGUUGUAUAUGAUUUCAAUGAAGUCCAAGAAGCAAAUUUACAAGUUGAACAACCUUACUCAUUACCAAGGUUGUAGUGAAAUCAGAUGUAAUUCUACUUUUCGAUCAGUAAAUUAGUUAUAGUGCUUGCUUUGUUAA